CUAUGUCGACAACCCUUAGUUGAUCCAUUAGAUACUAAAUGUGGUCAUACAUUCUGUUCUCCCUGCCUAAAAAAUCAUCUAGCUGUUCAAGCACUUUGUCCUGUGGACAAGCAAAUCAUUAAUUAUUUACAGUGUCAACAAGCUUCUAAUAUUGUGAAACGAUUAUUAGACAAAUUAUUAGUUGCUUGUCCUAAUUCGCCUAACUGUGAUUGUAUAGUUUAUCGAUCAAAUCUUGAAGAACAUUUACGUGAGUGGUGUGUCGGUGUACAUUCAUCGAAUGCAUUAAAAUCUACUUCUCGUACUAUGCAACCUCAUAAUCAAUUCAAAAAUGUCUUUUUAUCCACCUUCAUUGGAACUGAAUCACAUGAUUCGAAUAUGUUGCAACCAAUUGUAUCCGAUUCAGCAAAAUGUCUCAGGAUAGUGGAUACACAAACUAUGAUGAAAAAUAAUAUUUUGACACAGCAACAACAACAACAAAAACAACAAAAUAUGAACUAUCAUAAUUCAAAUAAUGAAUCUAAUUUUAGUCUUGUUUAUCCAAAUCAAUAUUUGAAAGAAAUUUCACAUGUUUAUCCAUCAGUUACAAGAAUAGAAAUGGAUAAAUUAAAUAAAACCAACUUUGAUCCUAAUAUACGAACUGUUGAAGAUUCAUCUGAUUCACCAACCAUAUAUGAAGGUGUUCCUGUUUCAAUUUUAAUUUACCGCCCAACCAAUUGUAUGGAUUUAGGUUUUACAUUUGUCGGAGGCAUUGAUACACCUCUUGCUUGCAUACUGAUUCAAGAAAUCUAUUUGGAUGGACCCGUUGCAACAGAUGGACGUCUUAGACCAGGUGAUCAGUUGUUAGAG